CCAUUUUGGUUUGUUAAAUCUUUUCUUUUCAUUUCCAUUCUCAAGCCAUAACUCCUGAAUGUAUAUUCGAUGAGAAAACUUAGCAAGUCAAUAUACACGCCAGAGAAGAUGGUAAGUAACUAAACUGAAUGUGAUCUUCAUAUUUUUACUUUCUUGACUUCCAUUUGGGCAGACUCUAACUUCUUUUACUCUUUUUUUUAUUCCCAGGCUAGAACAGGGCGAGUGGAUCCACAUGGAAAUCAAAUUCCAAAAUCAGACGCCAAGAAUUCAGGUGAACAUGGAUGAGCAGAGGUGUGAGAGACGUGACCAGUAGCUUCUCGAACAAAAGCCAAAGAGAUCAGAGAAGGACGCAUAGUUCAACGUGAAAAGAAAACAGCGAGGAGGAUAUUACAAGAAACUAUAAAGUACAGAAGAUUCAGUGGUUCAUGCUCGCACCGUAACAAAAACGGCUCAUCAGCUGAUAAAAUGAAAAUAAAACUAAGAGAAGUGAAGCUGAAGGCUGACCAACCGAAUAAAUCCCCAUGCUUAAGAAGGGAGCAAAACAGGUUAGGCACAAAAGAAAACAGCAAGGUUAGAGUCUUUUCACCUAGAGCAUCUGCAAAAUGCAGAGUUACAGCUAUUGAAGACUUGAAGAAGACUAAACUGAGAGAACGAGUUUAAUUGUGUUGGAAGCAGUAUAUGGAGGAAUGGAGAACGAAAGCUUUGCAGUAGGGAAAUGCUCGAGCCAACCUCAAAAGUAUUUUAGAUAUUCAGUGGUAUAAUUCACGGAUCUCAAUCGAUGAAUAUCCUAAAUUCCUAACAUGACCAUCAAUGUGUUUCAGCAGGUGCAUAAUGAUUUAAAUCUACAUUACUUUUGGUGUAGAAUAUUAAUGUUAAUCUUUCUGAUUUCUUAAUAGUUAUAUAUCCCUGUAUGUGUAUGUGUGUCUGCAAACUUAAUUCUAUAAAGUUAUUUUAUUAUGAAUUACAGUUAAGUUCUAUAGUACAGUUUAUACGAAGAGUUAUAUUUUUCAACAAAAUAAUUUGUAAACAAAUACAAUCAACCUUCCACUGUGAUAUGAUUGGCUAUAUAAGGUUAAAUAAAACCUUACGGCGGAAGAAAAAAAGGUUAUGGUAGAUUCUUAAGUGAUAGUAUGUUUUUUGGUUCAUAUUAAACAAUUAAAACUCGGGUUGCUUAAAAGAGAACUAAGGUUUUCUCGCCUUACACAACUGUAUGUUUCUGAUAUGCAAAGUGAUUUCAUGCUACUGUAUGUUUCUGAUUUUCAUCUCAUCAUUUUUCCAUGUGCUAUAUACUGCAAAUUUCAUUCUUCAUUCUCCUUAUAACAAGAGAUUUACGCAUGGUACAAAGUUAGGUUUGGAUUUCUUACAGUUAAGAUUCCAGACCGAUACUUGUUGCUUGAAAACUUUGUGUUUGUUAUGAAAUAAAUUAUAAUUUAUAGUAUCGAGAAAUCACAAUCACAAUACAAAACCUUUUUUUUUUGCCACGUCAGAUCCGUUGUGUUAUGUUACGUUUGGGCCUCUGUUCCUUGAUUUUAUUUGUAUGGGCUACGUCUGUUUUAGGCCAGGGCUUUGGUCUGUUUUAUCUGUCGACAACCCUAACAAAAAAAAAAUUACAGAUCACGGAGAUCGCGAUGCAGACGGAGAUCGCGAUGCAGACGGAGGUCUCGAGGAACUACGCCUCUGCCUCUUCCUCUUCUCCGAUUCAAAGCGUAAAGAGCUCUGAUCGAUCAACUUCUCCACAAAAGAAACUCCACUUUAUUUCUUCAAUUAAUUUUGUCUUAAUGUUUUCGUUUCAUCUCCUCAUGUUCUUUCUUCUUUAUAUACCGAUUAUCUUUUCUCCGAUUCUCUUUUCUCUUUACAAACACAAACCCUACCAGCUUCUCAGAUCUCAACCAUGGCGACGAAACCGAAUGGGAAGUCUCCCGUCUCAUCCGCCUCUGAUGAAAAAGUCAUGUUCUUCCGAGAUGUCUCGCUGGGUCCACACGAAACUCAGCUGCGGUUUCGUCUGAUCCACUUCUGGGAAGCUUGGAAUCCGAUUAAGAAGACGCUUAUCGGCCUUGAGAUGCUCCUCAUCGACGAACAGGGAACGGUGAUUCAAGGAUUCAUUUCGCCAUCGCGUAUUGAAAAGUAUUUGGGUAAAAUGGAGCGAGGAAAAGUUUACAAGCUCGACAACUUCUAUGGAUCGAGUAACAAGUCGGUUUAUCGGGUUUCUGAUCAUGCCGUUACCGUGUCGUUUUCGUGGAACUCUGAACUGUCGGAUCUUCAGAACAUCACCACCCCUUUUGAUGAAGACAGAUUCCGGUUUCAUACGUACGAGGUUUUUGAAGCAAACUGUGACCUCAAAGGAGACCUCUACGAUGUUGUUGGCCACAUGAAGUUGGUAAAUGGUCAUACUCUCACUGAGAGUCCCGUCCUUGACGAAGUGCAAAUAGCAGCUGCGAGGCAUCUUCUGGUUCAUGUGCAAUUACAUGGUGGACCUGUGAUUAAGCUUUACCUUUGGGACCAGGUCGCAACGGAGUUCUGCAGAAAAUUCAAGUCUUGUGAAACCACUCCCACCGUGUUGCUGGUCACGACCGUUAACACAAAGCGUCUAGGAGGAACUCUAGCCCUCACCUCAAUGUCCUCCUCACGGGGUUUUAUGGACUAUGAUGUCCAGCCUACUAUAGAUUACUUCGGCUGGUUGAGCUCAAAUCCAGCUAUUGCUGAGCAGGUUGAUGCAGAGGUGGUAACUAAACGUGAGACAAUGACUAUAGGGGAGUUAUUCUCCUACAUUAAGCAGGAGUCUGCAAAGGAAGCAUUUUUUGAGUGCACGGCUACGAUCGAUGACGUUGUGCAUGGCUAUGCUUGGUACUAUAUUUCGUGCAGUGGGUGCCAUAGUAAGGUUACCAAAGGCCCAACCUCAUUGAUUUGUACAAACAACAAGUGUGGGAAGGUUAACGUAGAUGGUGUUGCGCAGUACAUGGCAAGGCUAUCUGUUUAUGACAACAGUGAACAGGCCGUUUUUGUACUACUUGGUGAUGCUGGGCAUGCGCUUACUGGAAAGCAUGCGUCGGAAUUAGUUAGCAACUACUUUGAGGCUAAUGCUAACGAAGGUGUUGACCAAGAGGUGCCUGUCCCGGAAGCUCUAAUCAACACCAUCGGACAAAGUCACAAGUUUUGUGUGAAGGUGACAAAGCACAACCUAUCAGGCAAGACCCGAGCUUUGACUGUGACCAAGAUCCUCCCUCUAGACACUCCAACCGAAACAGUAACCUCAGCAGGAACCAACAUUAGUGCAACGUCGAAUGAAACAUCUCAGACUGGAAAUGAUGUGUGUGAAUCUUCCAAAAGCCGUGUAGGUGCUGCAGAUGCGGGGAGUAAGAGGUCGGGUGACAAUGCUAAGGUGGAGAAAGCUAAACGCCCAAAGUCUGGGAAGUAGAGGUUGCAAGCUCCAGCGCACUCAGAGUCUUUGUUUUUAGUUUACUUAUUGACUCAUGCUUUUCUUUUUAAGUUUGAAUUUUACAGAGCUUUUCACUUUGCAAACAUUUUCUCAUUUGCAUGAAUAUUAGCUAAUAAUCAUGCUCAUGUUGCUCUAUCUGGUUAUGAAUUAAGGCGAGUGAUUUUCUUUCUAAGCUUUUUAUUACAUGUUACCAGGUAUUAGCUUACUUUUCAAAAGAUAUAGUCAAAGUAAUUGUUACGUACGAAACA